GAGAAACAAAACGAAAUUCGGUCAUCAUAAGCGGUCGUUACGUGAGCCCCGCGCUCUCUUCCCCUCUCUCCCUACCUCCCGAGCUACCUCGUUCCUUCCCACCGUAAGAUCUCCAAGCUCCAAGUGCUCCGACUGUUCGCGGCUCCGUCGAGUUCCGUUGAUGAUCUCGCGGAACAUAGACGGAUCUUGACGGACUCUGCCUUCGGAAAGCUUGGUGAGCAGGGUGGUCCGAGGGAAGUCUGAGGAUCCGGCUGUCGCGAUUGAUCCUUCGCUGAUCGUGUCCGGAGCAGCAGUGACUCGAGCGAUCGAGAUCGUUAUUUGCAAAGUAAUAAUUUGUAUAUAUAUAUAUUACGAUUGUAUAGAUUACAUCUUUAAAGAAAGAUCUCGGGAACGGAGGAGAUUAGAAAGAAGAAUCUGGAAAAAUGUUCUUGUUGAGGGUCAUCAGAAAAUCUAUGACAAUUAAGCAGCAGAGUAAAUUGUAUUCAUAUCACGCGUCAUCAAGGGCUGCAUCAGUUCAUCCCACUCUACCUUUAGGCUUUCUGCGAUUCUGCAGCGACAGUCCACCCAAGUGCUGGAAUUGCGACUAUGUGUACAAGUCCGAUCUAUUUUGCUCGAAGUGUAAAAUGUUACAGGAAUUGCCACAGAAUCUGAACUAUUUCGAAAUUCUGGGGAUCAAAAGAAAUUACAACGUGGCAAAUGAGGAAAUACACAAAAAAUAUAGAGAACUGCAGAAAAUGUUGCAUCCCGAUAAGUUUGGUAACAAAUCCGAGAAAGAAAGGCAAAUCUCAGAGAAGUUGUCGUCUCUAAUAAAUAAGGCUUACAGUACAUUGACGCAUCCAUUAAAAAGAGGAUUGUAUAUGUUGCAAUUAAAAGGUAUAUCAAUACCAGAAGGUACCACUAGCUUGAAUCCAGACUUUCUUAUGGAGAUUAUGGAACGUAAUGAAGAGAUAGAAAAUGCGAUAGAGGACAAAGAUAAGGUCUUGAAACUGGCCAAAGAAUCUAAGGAAUUGCUCGAUACAUUGUCAAAGCAAGUGGCAGAGGCGUUCAGUAAAGAAGAUAUUGAAACAGCAACAAAGAUUUUAAUAAAAAUGAAAUAUUAUGAUAGUGUAGAUAAUAGAUUAAAAAAACUGAAGCAUGAUUUAGGCGUAGUAGAAUAAAUAUAUUGUAACUUUUGCAAAAAAUAUUUUCUAUACACAAAAAGUUUUAAUAUCUUCUGUUGCUGUAUAAAAUGUAAAAAAUGUUCCUCUAUUUUAUAUAUGUAUAUAUAAAAUAACAUGUACAGAUUUUUAUUGAAUAGUUCUUAGAAUUUGUAUAUAUGUACAAUAUGUUUUAUCCCAUCAACAAAUUUGUUUACUUGUAACGAAUAUUUUAUUAAAUUUUUUAUCAAUUU